UAAACAGUAACUUAUGUACUUCACCAGGGUAACAAAAACCAUUCUAUGGAAUUAUUGAUAAGCACUAAUCUUAUUGAUUAUAAAUAUAUCUUCGAAACAAUGGAAUCCAAUUAGUUAUUGUAUUAUUGAUUGUAGUGAAUUAAGUAGCUAUAGAAACUUCUCAAUAUUGAAAUUUGUUUCUCCACAACAAGAAUAUGGCUACUAACAAAGCUGCGAGGAUAUUCCUCGACAAGGAUCACAUUGAAAAAUGCUCGAAUUGCAGUGAAUACCUAUCUGUAGGACCAAUUGUUUUGGUGAAAAACAAACCUGUUUGCGCUAGAUGCCCACAAGGCAAAGGAUCUUCAGCUACUUUUUACGAAAAACUAGCUGAGUACAUGUUUUUUCCUUGUAGAAAUGACAUUUACGGCUGUGAUGCUAUGUUGAUUUGGGGACAUGUCUCACAGCAUGAAAAUAUUUGCAAGUUUUAUGCGAUGAUAUGCCCUGCGAUAAGCUGCAGAGAAAAAUUUGUGAGAAAACAUUUGAUCCAACAUUUUACUUUGAAACAUAAAGAGCUGCUGAUGAACAAUAAUAAAUUCAGAAUUCCUGACCAAAAGGGAGAUAAAGAUGAAUACAUAAAUAAAUUGUUCAUUUGGAAAAACAGACCCUUUAUUUUGAAAAUUGACUUUUCACCACCCUGCUGUUUCUUCAGUAUUUCGGGGUUCGAUGAAUUCAUGAACAAAAACUUGCAAUACAAUGUAUCAUUAGGAAAUAAGGAGAAACUGAAGACUACGUUUAUAGAAGGCUUUUCUGUAUCAGAUUACACAAUCAAACACCAUGAUCAUUCAACUAUGAUUAAACUUGACAUGACUAUGAUUCGAAAAAAAAUGUAUUCGAAAAAAUUUAUUUGUAUUUUCAACAUCGUACAUAGAGCAUUUACGGAGAAUAUACUAAACAAUAGUCUCUUGGCUGGACUGGAAUGUCCUAUAUGUAUGGAAUAUAUGAGACCGCCAAUAUUCAUGUGUUCUUCUGGCCACGUUGUGUGUGAUACUUGCAAUCGUAAACUUGUUGUUUGUCCAACUUGUCAGAUUGUGUUGAAUGAUAACAGAAAUUUCGCUUUGGAAAAACUCACAGAACACAUCAGUUAUCCUUGUAAAUAUUUAGAUGAAGGCUGCUCUACAAUUGGACAACUCUCAGACAUACGUUCACAUGAAGCAAUUUGUUCCAUUGGAGCUACCGAAGAUACAAUUUGUCACAUAAGCUAUUUGGAACCUUGUGAUUGGAGGGGACCUUCUUCAGAACAGAUAUCUCAUAUUCAUUCGAUGCACUCAAAUGUCUUCAUUGAUCUAAGCAAUCCUAUUGAGCUAGAUUUGGAAUUAUUCAAAAUAAUGAGUGUAUUUUUCGAAAGCAACGGCCAAAUUUUCAAGCUGAAUGUUUCGAACGAGAACACUUCGCUACGUAUAUGUGUGAAGUCAAUUCUGAAUUCUGGAAAUCCGAAGGAGAAAUAUCGAUACCAUAUUGACUUUGAAGACCUCAAUCAAAACAAGAUGAUUCUGAAUUUCAACAGAGAUUGCAAAUCUGCUCACGCCUAUGAUCAAAGUUUUAUAGAUUAUCUAGUCAUUAAUCAUAAUUUAUAUAGGCCAUUUGUGAAAGAAAAUAUAAUAAGCUUGAGAAUUCAUAUUAUCCUCAUAUAAACUGGUCAACAAUUUUGCCCCUAUUAUUUUGAACAAUUGAAGUCAUGUUAUCAAUAGUCAUACGAUACAAAUAAGUAUACCUAAUAAUGGCAAGAGAGCAAUACGAGGAAUUAUGUGAAAAAACUUUUGAUAUGACAUAUAGCGGAAUCUCCAGACAAUAUCAUUCUCAAUCAACAUAAAAUUCAAUUUCCUACAGGAAUUAAAUGUUUCUUGAUAAAACUUAUAACACAAAUAUGUUUCACGCAAGUUUUUCAAUUCAAAAGUGAGGUACUCAUAUAAACUGUAAUUUGAGUUAUUUCACUUCAGCUCAUUGCACAUAUACAGGGUUAUGAUAAAGUAAUGCACAAAAUUCAUAAAACGUACAACGAUCACUUUUGAAGAAAAUGCAAAAACACGUCAAACUGUUUUUUUUUAUUCCGCAUCUUUUGACACAAGUUACAAAAAUAACACGUCAUAACUUUGACAACUUUGACGUGUUAUUUUUGUAACUUAUGUCAAAAGAUGCGGAAUAAAAAAAACAGUCGUUGUUUCAGUAAAAAAUUCUUCGAUCAUUCACUAAGACAUAUAAAACUAAAUAUAAGUCCAACUAUUGAAGACAUUUUUCAUGUUAUCUGGAAAUCUAUCCAAUAAUGAUUAUUUUGAGCAGUUGCUUUGAUAGUGAAGCAGGUUAGGAAUACCUAAACUUCGGAUCGUCACUUUUAUAUAUUGUUUUUUUAGCCAUAUUUCUCAUUUAAUAACGUCUACUGGAAUAUGGUAUAGUGUAUAUGUUAACUCUAACUGGCUUGUGUAUAUUAGCAAUGUGGGAAUCUGUUAUAUGUAUGUUCAUGAUAUGUAAUUUGAGUGUAAUAAAUUAUUAUUAUC